AUCAAACUCCCGAAAACUCCGUAGGUGUGCGACAACUAACAUUCUCGCGGGAAAAUUAGAUUAUAACUACUGGUCAUCAAUUUCCACGUGUCAAGUCAUCAUUGGUUCCAAGUCCUAAGAUUUUUAUAUUUAAUCCGUCAACUCUCUCUUCCUCUCUGUUUUCUCUCCACAAUUUCCAAAGUCAUGGAUCAUCUUAGGGUUUUGUUCUCUGUUUCUCUUCUCUUUGUAUUCGUCUCUGUUUCGAUUUGCGGAGACGAAGAUUUGUUGAUCCGCCAAGUGGUUGAUGAAGCGGAGCCGAAAGUUUUGUCAUCGGAGGAUCACUUUACUCUCUUCAAGAAGAAAUUCGGGAAAGAUUACGGUUCCAUUGAGGAGCAUUAUUACAGAUUCUCUGUUUUCAAAGCUAAUCUCCGGCGAGCGAUGCGUCACCAGAAGAUGGAUCCAUCUGCUCGUCAUGGCGUUACGCAGUUUUCGGAUCUGACUGGUUCUGAGUUUCGGAGAAAGCAUUUAGGGGUUACAGGUGGGUUUAAGCUUCCCAAAGACGCUAAUCAAGCUCCGAUUCUCCCAACUCACAAUCUUCCAGAGGAGUUUGAUUGGAGAGAUCGCGGCGCGGUUACUCCAGUGAAAAACCAGGGAUCUUGUGGAUCUUGCUGGAGUUUUAGCACUACAGGUGCUCUUGAAGGUGCUCACUUUCUCGCGACUGGCAAACUCGUUAGCCUCAGUGAACAACAGCUCGUCGAUUGUGAUCAUGAGUGUGAUCCAGAAGAGGCAGGUUCAUGUGACUCUGGUUGCAACGGUGGGCUUAUGAACAGUGCCUUUGAGUACACGCUUAAAACCGGAGGGCUUAUGCGAGAGGAAGAUUAUCCUUACACCGGUACUGAUGGAGGGAGCUGCAAGUUAGACAGGUCUAAGAUCGUUGCAUCUGUCUCCAACUUCAGUGUUGUGUCUAUCAACGAAGAUCAAAUAGCUGCAAACCUUGUCAAAAACGGUCCUCUAGCUGUGGCCAUCAACGCAGCUUAUAUGCAAACCUACAUUGGAGGAGUCUCGUGUCCUUACAUAUGCUCGAGGCGGCUUAACCACGGUGUGUUGUUGAUGGGUUAUGGUUCGUCUGGGUAUUCUCAAGCAAGGUUAAAGGAAAAACCGUAUUGGAUCAUCAAGAACUCGUGGGGUGAGUCUUGGGGUGAGAAUGGUUUCUAUAAGAUAUGUAAAGGUCGUAACAUUUGCGGUGUUGAUAGUUUGGUCUCCACCGUCGCUGCUGCCACUUCUUGAGCUUUUCAUUAUUCUGCUGCAAUGAUAUUUAAACUCUGUAAAUAAAUUAAGAAAAACACAUUUCUUGGUGAAUUCGAAACACA